GUGUUUUGAUAUAUUUCUUAAAUUUGGUUGGCAUAACAUCAAUCUUCAAACAAUCUAACAUGUUUGUUUCCUGUCUGUAUGGACGGUUGGGGCCACCUGCUGGACUGGAGGAUGGCCUCUGGAGGGGGAAAAAUCUGUCAGAUUUAUUUUUGAAUAAAUAACACACUCAAUAUUUUUCACGAUACCUGUCCACAGACGUUUUUCUCCCUCGUAUAAUUUAUUAUAUUAUUUUAUGUAUUUAUCUCUGCAUUUGUAGAGUUGUGUAAGUGUCCUUUUAAAGACCUACAGGGGGCGUAGUUUUCUUGACCUGAAACAUGCUGCCUUCAGGUCCUCCUCGUUAGCUUCCACUGUUUUUAUUUACUAAAACGGCCAAAAUUAUUACUUUAAAGCACAUUUUAUGCAAUGCUAUAGAUAAAUACAUUAAGUGGUAUAAAAGGUGCUUACACUUAUUAAAGUCAGUCGUCAGGAUAGUAAUUUGCUAUUAUUAUUAUUUUUAAUUCAAAAUCACGACGUUUCGGGAGGAUUUGAAGGCAGCAAACAUUACUACUUCCCAUUCACCUCCAGUGUUAUGCCACUUACCUGUCAUGGCUUCCCCCGUGGCGCUCAUUCAAGGAGCCAGCAGAGGACUGGGGCUUGAAUUCUGCAAACAUAUCUUGAAAAACAAAACCCCCGCUGCCGUUAUAGCGACAUGUCGCAAUCCAGACGGAGCAGCUGAGCUGCAGGGCCUGGCCGGCCAACACUCUGGCAGACUGACCGUCCUAAAGUUGGACGUGAACCAGGAGGAGGACAUCCGCGGAGCUGCAGACCGGGUCAAGGAGAGCUUCGGUCGGUUGGAUCUGAUUGUCAACUGCUCGGCAAUGCUUCAUCCCUCCGGGAAAGGAGAGACCAGCCUGAGAGAUAUUUCUGCUCAGGGCAUCAUUUCCACCUUGACGACCAACACAGUGGGUCCCCUGGUCAUGGCCAAGUAUUUUUCCCCCCUCCUUCAGAAGGGUGGAGGUAGUUUCGGUCAACAGCCUGUAGAGAAAGCCAAGCAGCACAGCGGCAUCAUCGUCAACAUCACGGCCAAAGUGGGAUCCAUUGGCGACAAUGGUCUUGGUGGUUGGUACAGCUACAGAAUGUCUAAAGCAGCUCUCAACAUGGCUACUAGGAAUUUAUCUAUAGAGCUGGGACGCAGUCGACCCAAGGUGGUGUGUGUGUCCUUACAUCCAGGAACAGUCAACACAGACCUCUCCCGGCCAUAUCACAAGAACGUGCCAAAAGACAAGUUGUUCAGCGCAGAACACUCUGUGAACUGUCUGAUGAGCAUCAUAACAGCACUGAACAUCGAGAAGACUGGCAAGGCGUAUAGCUGGGAUGGUGCUGAACUUCCCUGGUAGAAUCAAUAAAUGGAAAAAGAGAGAUUAAUUUACUCACCUCUUUUCUUGAUUCAAAAUCUCACAGCACUGUCUAGACCAUGCAAUAAGAUGUGCUUUACAAUGGAAUGAGGUUUCUGAUGGAGACAUGGUUUGAACAAUCAAAGGCAAACCUCUUCCACUACAACACAACCAGGUCUGGUGCCAAAACUACCUCUAAUACUUAUUGUUAAAACUGCUAUCACAGUAAGGCCUUAUGUGGAUUUGAUGUAAGUGUAACGAUAUGUUCUAACGAUCUAAUGUAGCACAUACAGUCAUGGAAAACAUUAUUAGACCUCCUUUGUUUUCUUCAGUUUCUUGUUCAUUUUAAUGCCUGGUACAAUUAAAUGUACAUUUGUUUGGACAAAUAGCUAAUAACCAAAAUCAUUAUCAAGAAAACCAUGGAGAAUGGUUAGAUAUCAGUUUUUAAAUUAAACUUAUGAGCUAGUUGUUAUCAUUAUUAUUUGUCCAAACAGAUGUACCUUUAGUUGUACCAGGCAUUAAAAUGAACAAGAAACUGAAGAAAACAAGGGUGGUCUAAUCAUUUUUUCAAUGUAGUUCCCCCUGAUCUCAGUGUCUUUGAUAAACUAAGUUAACCAUCUCUGGCUGUAGCUUCUUAACAGACAAAGUGGCUUUGGUCUUCUUGUCCGACUCUCUGCCCGAAAGCCAAUCUAAUUUCCAGAAAUGUCCCAGUAUACCUUAAAGUAUAAUGCCUAAAAGCAAUUUUACAUAUUUCUUGCUGUUUUCCAUGCCUUGUUGAAUAAAAUCAAUGUAAAAUCAUCACAUUGUGGACUAAUUGAAAGAAACUAAGUAACACAAAAGGUUAUAAUAUAAUAAUAAUAAGGAUUAAACCAUAUUUUAUUUGGUAUAACUAAAAUGCUGAUUGCAAAGUAUUGUAUUUUCAUCACACUUGCAAGUUGUGUUUGAUAACAGGAUAAAUACAUUUAACUAAUGUUGGAAAUAGGAACUUUUAUUAAAUAAAAUUGCUUCCAUUUUCAUUUCAUUUCUGAAUUUGCUUAAAUAUAUAUUAUAUGUAUAUUUUUUCCAGCUUUCAGGAGCAUACAUUCACAUGCUUUAUUUACAGAAGAAGAGUAGAGAUUUAAGGCACAGUGGGCUUUGACUAAUUGGCUGAUUAAUGACUGAACUCAAUCCUGUUAAGGGAUUUUUAUUCAAAGCUGACCUGAUUCUUACAAGUCGCGGUUACUUGGUUAAUUUUAAAAGUUUUUUUUAUUGCACACUUAUUAAAGGGUAACAUUCCUCACAUUUCUGUCUUAGUAGUGAUCAGAAAUUUAACUUUAACCAGAAGAUGGCAGCAUUUCAUGACUCCAUUAGACCUCUGUGGUAUCCAUAAUCUUCAUAUGACUUUGUGACAUUUUUACCAGCCACAGCAACAAGGCUGGUAUUGUUUUCAUCUUGUAAGUGUGGGGAACUACUCAAGAAGGGGAUUUGAAUACUUUGUUAGUUGUUUAUAUAUCUGUCAAUGGAUAGAUUUUGUCACCGUGAGAAAAUCACAACAACAACUGCAGUCACAAAACUUUACCGGUGUGUUUGAUACGUUGUUCAUAAUUCCUUAGUGAUUGAGAUGAUCUGCAUUACUCCACUUGUCACUUUGAAUGUAAUGGGGACCAUGUUGCAUUAAUUUAAUGAUUGUGGUGCAUUUUUACUGUGGUUAUAUUUUUUUGCUUUUUUAAAAGU